UCCCUCCUUCCAUCCAUCCAUGCGGAGGAGCCUUCGCAGUAGCCAACCUCACUGUCUCACACCAACACUCGAGACUUAUGCCCGCGGCGCCAUCAUCUCUUCUUCUCCCUCGCCCACUCUGCUCGACUUCGCUCUUCCCAAAAGAUCGGAUCUUUAAGGUGCUUUUUGUUGGAAAAGUUGACAGAGUCGGCCUCGCUCGAUACAGCCGCUAUGCGGUCUGCCACGAGAUCGAUGAAUCCUCUGAUGGAGAGACUGAAGGCCGCAAGAUGGAGGCAUUGCCUAAAAGAGAUGCCUUUUCGGUUCUUAACGUGGUGGAUCGCGGUGCUCGUGCUGAUUGUAGUACUUAUGCUUCACUGCUUGGCCGGAUUUUGAAUUCAGGUUCUUUGUUCGAUGCUAGGAGGAUCCAUUCGAGGAUCCUGAAGCUGGCAUUCCAUGGAGAAGACCACUUGUGCAAUCGUUUACUAGCUUUGUAUCUGGCGUUCGGUGAAGUUCGAGAUGCGAUCAAGUUGUUUGAUGAUAUGUCUCAUAGAGGUGUUGGUUCGUGGAACCGAAUGAUCGCGGGUUUUCUUGAGAGGAAAGAGCACCACAAAGUUCUCACUUUUUUUACUAGAAUGGUGGGGCAGUGUGGACAUCCUGAUCCUAUCACCAUUGCCAUUGCCCUGAGAGCAUGUAGUGGACAUGAUAGAUAUUGGCAUGUUGUGCAACAGAUUCAUGCAAAGAUAAUAAAGUAUGGAUUUUUUGGUGAUUCCAACGUUGGUAAUCCUUUGAUUGAUUUAUACUCCAAAAAUGGGUAUGUAGAUUCAGCUAGAGUAGUAUUUGAAGAGUUAUGGUUGAAAGACAAUGUUUCAUGGGUUGCUAUGGUAUCUGGGUUUUCGCAAAAUGGUUUUGGAGCUGAAGCUCUUCGUCUUUAUAAUGGAAUGCACCAUUCUGGAAUUCUCCCUACUCCGUAUGUUCUGUCCGGUGUUCUCAGUGCUUGCACAAAGUCUGAUCUCUUUGAGCACGGAGAGCUGAUCCAUGCCCAAGUGAUUAAGCAAGGCUUCUCCUCAGAAACUUUUGUGGGCAAUGCUCUUGUCACAUUGUACUCACGGUGUGGCAGCCUCACACUGGCAGAAAAAAUAUUCAGUGAGAUGCCAUGUCAUGAUAGAGUUACUUACAACACCCUGAUCUCUGGACAUGCACGAAAUGGAAAUAGUGAAAGUGCUUUAAGAAUAUUUGAACAGAUGCAGUGGUUAGGCUUAAAACCUGAUUCUGUCACAAUUUCAGGCCUUCUCACUGCUUGUGGUUCUAUUGGAGAUGUUCAAAGAGGAAAACAGCUACACUCUUAUGUGCUUAAAGCUGGAUUAUCUUCAUAUUAUAUUAUUGAGGGUUCCGUGCUUGAUCUCUAUGUGAAAUGUGCUGACAUAGAAACUGCCCAUGAGUUUUUCAAUGCAACUGAUAGAGAGAAUGUAGUCUUGUGGAAUGUAAUGCUUGUGGCUUAUGGUCAGAUGGGUGAUUUAAGAAAAUCUUUUGAUCUGUUUUACCAAAUGCAAGUUGAGGGUAUGCGGCCUAAUCAGUAUACAUAUCCUAGUAUACUUAGAACUUGUACUUAUGUUGGUGCUGUUGAUCUUGGAGAACAAAUUCAUACUUUGACUAUAAAGACUGGAUUUGAGCUUAAUGUGUAUGUAAGUAGUGUACUCAUAGAUAUGUACUCCAAAUGUGGUAACCUUGCAAUGGCUAAGGAAAUUCUUGAAAGACUCACUGAGAAAGAUGUUGUCUCUUGGACUGCUAUGAUUGCUGGUUAUGCACAGCAUGACUUUUGCCUAGAGGCUCUCCGAACUUUUGAGGAAAUGCAAAUUUGUGGCAUACGACCAGAUAAUAUAGGAUUGGCCAGUGCUAUUAGUGCAUGUGCUGGAAUCAGAGCAAUCAAACAGGGGUUGCAGAUCCAUGCUCAAUCAUGCAUCAGUGGCUAUGCGACAGAUAUAUCAAUAGGAAAUUCUCUCAUCAACCUAUAUGCUAGAUGUGGUAGGAUCGAGGAUGCAUAUUCUGUGUUCAAGAUUGUCGAGGUUAAAGAUGAGAUAUCCUGGAAUGGACUGAUAUCAGGAUUUGCACAGAGUGGGAACUGCGAGGAAGCUUUAAAGGUUUUUGAGCUUAUGGACAAAUCUGGUAUUGAAGCAAACUUAUUUACAUUUGGAUCUGCACUAAGUGCUGCUGCUAACAUGGCUGAUAUCAAACAAGGCAAGCAGAUUCAUGCAAGGAUUAUAAAAACUGGUUAUGAUUCUGAGAUAGAGGCCGGUAAUGCACUAGUUUCACUUUAUGCUAAAUGUGGUUGCAUUGAAGAUGCAAAGAUUGAAUUCUUUGGAAUGCCUGAGAGGAAUGAGGUGUCAUGGAAUGCCAUGAUUACAGGUUAUUCCCAACAUGGACAUGGCCGGGAUGCUUUAAAGCUUUUUGAGCAGAUGAAGCUAGAGAAGUUCAAACCGAAUCAUGUCACAUUUAUAGGUGUUUUAGCUGCUUGUAGUCAUGUAGGUUUAGUUGAUGAAGGUCUUGACUACUUCAGAUCUAUGAGGGAGGAGUAUGGUCUUCUUCCAAGGCCAGAUCACUACGCUUGCGUUGUGGAUAUUCUUGGAAGAGGUGGGUGGUUGAAUCGUGCUAGAGAGUUCAUUGAGGAAAUGCCAAUUGCCCCAGAUAGUAUGGUUUGGAGAACCCUACUUAGUGCUUGUACAGUUAACAAGAAUGUCGAAAUUGGAGAACUUGCAGCUAAGCAUCUUCUGGAUUUGGAGCCAGAUGACUCAGCUAGUUAUGUUCUCCUAUCAAACAUAUAUGCAGUGGCUAGGAAAUGGGAUUACAGGGAUCAGGUGAGGCAGAUGAUGAAAGAUAGAGGGGUUAAGAAGGAGCCUGGUCGUAGUUGGAUCGAAGUAAAGAAUGUAGUUCAUCCAUUUUUUGUUGGAGAUAGGUUGCAUGCACAGGCAGAUGCAAUCUACAAGUUCUUGGAAGAGUUGAACAACAGGGCAGUUGAAAUUGGGUACAAGCAAGAUAAGUAUUAUCUCUUGCACGAUAUGGAGCAAGAACAGAAGGACCCCAGUGCCUACAUCCACAGUGAGAAGCUCGCUGUUGCUUUUGGACUAAUAAGUUUAUCUCCUGAGAUACCCCUCCGUGUGAUGAAGAACCUUCGUGUAUGUCAUGACUGCCAUACCUGGAUGAAAUUUGUCUCGAGGAUUGCUGGCCGAACAAUUGUACUACGUGAUCCUUAUAGGUUUCAUCAUUUUGAAGGGGGCAGUUGCUCAUGUGGUGACUAUUGGUGAAGUGUCAAGGACUAAUUGAACAGGACGUGCACCAGUGUACUAGUGCCCAUAUGAUAUAUGCUUAUAGUAGUACAAAUGUGGCUCCAUUUAUUUAGAAAUUAGAAAAAGCUGUAUCAUUUGGCAUGUACAAUAUGCCAUUAAGUUUUGAUACACUUUAAUCACUUCCAUUGGAAAUUCCUAAGAGAAUAUUUAUAGUAUUUUGCUCUUGACUCGGUCUUAUAGAUUUUACAGACCAAGAGUUAAGACUCACAGAAGUUAGAUAAAUGGUUAAUAAUUCCAUGAGAGCCUCUUGCUCCCAACUCUCUUCAGCAAAGUCUAAUUCUGGAUUGGUUGUGAUGAUAUGCUGAAUUGGCCUGAUAAAGACCUCAUAGACCAUCAGGAGGGGAUUAAGCAGCAGAAAGGCUUGCAUAUAAUCUUUCAUAAUUUGAGAAAGUCAAGAUAGUAAAUCUGUUUUGAUCACUAAGCUGCUGACUGCUGAGCGAUGUGAAAUUACUUUCUUCUACACAAUGGAAAUUACAAAGUACAUUACAUAUUGAACCUUGGGUGAUGUGAGACUACCAAUAUGGAGAAAGAAACACAUUUUCUGGCAGGGGAUGUUCAUGUAAAACUCUUUAUAUGGUUCAUUACAAUUGCCUAGGUUAGAUAUGCUAUGAUACUUUAUCUUGCGCUUCAUUCAGGCAAUUGAGAAGUACAUUUCAAUAGGUUCAACAGCAGAUCUCCUGCAAUGUAAUUCGAAGUUCAUCUUGUAUGUUCUACUAGAAGUAGAGCAGGUCACUGCAUGUACACGAUGUAACUCGAGGAAGGGGCUGAAAACCUUAGAAGCAAAUAAUGAAGUUGGUUAAAGUUUAAAGAGUAGAAAUGAAACUAUUUUUACUUGCGGAAUAGCUAUGACCAUACUUGUGGAUCCUUUCCUUGGCCACUGGUGGAUCAGAAAUGUGCUCUUCAAUCACUAUUGCAGGAUGCCCUUGACAUCAGCUGCUACAAAGUUGCUGAAGAUGAGAAAAGGAGUGCUACAGAUUGAACGGUGGCUCCGGUACCUUUCAAAGACAAGUCCAUGGUCAUGCCAUUAGUAACUCACAUUGCUUGACUGGUUGCCUUUUAAGGCCUUUGAAUUAUAUCCUCACCCCACCAUGUAUUUUCAUGAAAAGAUUACCAAAAAUCUUUUGGUGUCAUGACAAAUCCUGUACAUAAUAUCCCAAACAUGAUAAUCCACAGUAUUUUGUUUGUUGGCUCUAAGUACAAGGAACAAGCUCUUUUUCACUGUUCAGAUUCAAUCAUUGUUAGUAUUGGUUGGAUUCUGUCAGAUGCUUUUUCACUUCUUUAUAAUGUAUGAAUGUGUGGGAUCAAAAA